UUGCAGGGAGCGUAUCGCGAGUAGCGUCGUUUCCGUUGCCGGCAGUUUGCAGUCGGGGAAACCGAGGCAGCUCCAGCUCCUCCUAGUUCUUCCCGUUCCCGUGAGGAAAAAAUGUUUAUUUCUUUGUGGGAGUUCUUCUAUGGGCACUUCUUUCGAUUUUGGAUGAAAUGGCUCUUACGACAGAUGACUGGAAAAUGUGAAUUGCAGCGAAUUUUUGAUACCUAUGUAGGUGCACAAAGGACACACAGGAUAGAAAAUUCCUUGACAUACUCCAAGAAUAAGGUCUUACAGAAAGCGACACUGGUUGUUCAGAGUGAAGUGGACAGAUGUGUAGUAGAUAUAAUGAAGGAAAAGGAUAUUAACCCUGAGAAGGAUGCCAGUUUUAAAAUCUGUAUGAAGGCAUGCUUACUACAGAUAUCUGGUUAUAAACAGCUCUAUUUGGAUGUAGAAAGUGUGAGAAAAAAACCAUAUGAUUCUGAUAACCUGCAACAUGAAAAGCUGCUUCUCAAGCUUUGGAAUCUUCUAAUGCCCACGAAAAAAUUGAAGGCUAGAAUCUCCAAGCAGUGGGCUGACAUUGGUUUCCAGGGUGAUGAUCCCAAAACAGACUUCAGAGGCAUGGGAAUACUUGGAUUAAUCAAUCUUGUGUAUUUCAGUGAACAUUAUACCAGUGAAGCUCAUCAGAUUCUUUCCCGUUCAAAUCAUCCAAAGUUAGGGUAUUCUUAUGCAAUAGUUGGAAUCAAUCUUACAGAGAUGGCUUAUAGCUUGCUGAAGAGUGAAGCUUUGAAGUUUCACCUCUACAACUUUGUUCCUGGUAUACCAACAAUGGAACACUUUCACCAGUUUUAUUGUUAUCUUGUGUAUGAAUUUGACAAGUUUUGGUUUGAAGAAAAGCCAGAAAGUAUUAUGUAUUUCAACGUGUACAGAGAGAAGUUUCAUGAAAAGAUUAAAGGACUCUUACUGGAUUGUAAUGUAUCACUUACUUUAAAAAUAUGAAUCAUCUGUAGUAUCUUCUAUUUCUACCACAUUUUGCAUACACAACAGAAUUUAUAAGUUGUAAUAGAA